CCCGCGGAGAGGAGCGGGACCGGUGCUUCGUGGCUCGCGCUCCCCGGAGAUGCUCAGGACUAUGCAGAUUGCUGCCCUCCUGUCGCCGGUCUUGUGGGGACUGAUCCUCGGCGUCGCGUCCACCAGCAUCCAGAUAGGGGGGCUGUUCCCGAGGGGCGCCGACCAGGAGUACAGCGCGUUCCGGGUCGGGAUGGUGCAGUUCUCCACCUCGGAGUUCCGCCUGACCCCGCACAUCGACAACCUGGAGGUGGCCAACAGCUUCGCCGUCACCAACGCCUUCUGCUCCCAGUUUUCAAGAGGAGUCUAUGCCAUUUUUGGAUUUUACGACAAGAAGUCUGUGAACACCAUCACGUCGUUCUGCGGGACGCUGCACGUCUCCUUCAUCACCCCCAGCUUCCCGACGGAUGGCACGCACCCCUUUGUCAUUCAGAUGAGGCCCGACCUCAAGGGGGCACUGCUGAGCUUGAUCGAGUACUACCAGUGGGACAAGUUCGCCUACCUGUACGACAGCGACAGAGGCCUGUCCACGUUGCAGGCCGUGCUGGACUCGGCGGCCGAGAAGAAGUGGCAGGUGACGGCCAUCAACGUGGGCAACAUCAACAACGACAAGAAGGACGAGACCUACCGCUCGCUGUUUCAGGACCUCGAGCUGAAAAAGGAGAGGCGCGUGGUCCUGGACUGUGAGCGAGACAAAGUGAACGACAUCGUCGACCAGGUCAUCACGAUCGGAAAGCACGUGAAAGGGUACCACUACAUCAUCGCGAACCUGGGGUUUACUGACGGAGACCUGCUGAAGAUCCAGUUCGGAGGUGCGAACGUCUCCGGGUUCCAGAUAGUGGACUACGACGACUCCUUGGUGUCCAAGUUUAUAGAACGGUGGUCGACUCUGGAAGAGAAGGAGUACCCCGGGGCACACACAGCCACCAUCAAGUACACGUCGGCCCUGACCUACGACGCUGUGCAGGUGAUGACAGAAGCCUUCCGCAACCUGAGGAAGCAGAGGAUCGAGAUCUCCCGCAGGGGCAACGCCGGCGACUGUCUGGCCAACCCGGCCGUGCCCUGGGGCCAGGGCGUGGAGAUCGAGAGGGCCCUCAAGCAGGUUCAGGUCGAAGGUCUCUCGGGAAAUAUUAAGUUUGACCAGAAUGGGAAAAGAAUAAACUACACGAUUAACAUCAUGGAGCUCAAAACCAACGGGCCCCGAAAGAUCGGGUACUGGAGCGAAGUGGACAAAAUGGUUGUGACCCUGACCGAGCUCCCUUCUGGAAAUGACACCUCCGGGCUGGAGAACAAGACGGUCGUCGUCACCACCAUCUUGGAAUCCCCGUAUGUUAUGAUGAAGAAGAACCACGAAAUGCUCGAGGGCAAUGAGCGCUAUGAGGGCUACUGUGUCGACCUCGCUGCAGAAAUCGCCAAACACUGUGGGUUCAAGUACAAGCUGACGAUUGUCGGGGAUGGCAAGUAUGGGGCCAGGGACGCAGACACCAAAAUUUGGAAUGGGAUGGUUGGCGAGCUCGUGUAUGGGAAGGCGGACAUUGCAAUCGCCCCGCUGACGAUCACCCUCGUGAGGGAGGAGGUGAUCGACUUCUCCAAGCCCUUCAUGAGCCUCGGGAUCUCGAUCAUGAUCAAGAAGCCGCAGAAGUCCAAGCCGGGCGUGUUCUCCUUCCUCGACCCCCUGGCCUAUGAGAUCUGGAUGUGCAUAGUGUUCGCCUACAUCGGGGUCAGUGUGGUCUUAUUCCUGGUCAGCCGCUUCAGCCCCUACGAGUGGCACACUGAGGAGUUCGAAGACGGCCGAGAAACACAAACUAGUGAAUCGACUAACGAAUUUGGCAUUUUUAAUAGUCUCUGGUUUUCCUUGGGUGCCUUUAUGCAGCAAGGAUGCGAUAUUUCGCCAAGGUCCCUGUCCGGGCGCAUCGUCGGAGGCGUGUGGUGGUUCUUCACCCUGAUCAUCAUCUCCUCCUACACGGCUAACCUGGCCGCCUUCCUGACUGUCGAGAGGAUGGUGUCGCCCAUCGAGAGCGCUGAGGACCUUUCUAAGCAGACGGAAAUUGCCUAUGGCACAUUAGACUCUGGCUCCACCAAAGAAUUUUUCAGGAGGUCCAAGAUCGCCGUGUUCGACAAGAUGUGGACGUACAUGCGCAGCGCCGAGCCCUCCGUGUUCGUGCGCACCACGGCUGAAGGCGUGGCGCGGGUGCGCAAGUCUAAGGGCAAGUACGCCUACCUGCUGGAGUCUACCAUGAACGAGUACAUCGAGCAGCGCAAGCCCUGCGACACCAUGAAGGUCGGCGGCAACCUGGACUCCAAGGGCUACGGCAUCGCCACCCCGAAAGGCUCCUCAUUAAGAAAUGCGGUUAACCUCGCAGUGCUCAAACUGAACGAGCAAGGCCUGUUGGACAAAUUGAAAAACAAAUGGUGGUACGACAAAGGAGAGUGCGGCAGCGGGGGAGGUGACUCCAAAACCCCAGUAAAUCUUGCAGUAUUGAAACUCAGUGAGCAAGGCGUCUUAGACAAGCUGAAAAACAAAUGGUGGUACGAUAAAGGUGAAUGCGGAGCCAAGGACUCCGGGAGCAAGGAAAAGACCAGCGCCCUGAGCCUGAGCAACGUGGCAGGAGUGUUCUACAUCCUCGUCGGGGGCCUCGGCUUGGCCAUGCUGGUGGCCCUGAUUGAGUUCUGUUACAAGUCGAGGGCCGAGGCCAAACGGAUGAAGGUGGCAAAGAACACGCAGACUAUUAACCCAUCUUCCUCGCAGAAUUCACAGAAUUUUGCAACUUAUAAGGAAGGUUACAACGUCUAUGGCAUCGAGAGUGUUAAAAUUUAGGGGCUGACCUUGAGUGACGCCCUGAGGAGCAAGGCAAGGCUGUCAGUUACAGGAAGUGCUGGAGAAGGCGGACGUUUCCCAAAGCCGUGCAUGCCGUCCCUCCCGUGAGUCCUGGCAUGGGAUGAGUGUCCGUGUGACUGAUCUCUGAGUGCCUUACACGUGGUCUCCUUGUGCGUUUGCUGUCACAUGGCGAGAGGCAUCAGUGUCUCGAAGACUUUUCUUGCAGCCAAGUGUUCUCGAGUGCAUGGAGUUCAUCUCGCACUGUGAGGAAGGAGGAGCAAACACCCUUUUCUACUCACACAGACGGAGCGUGGCGGACACGCACAGCUGACGUGGAAGCAUCACCGCCCCGAGGUCUGCACAGGCGCCUGUCCUGCAGCCCCUGUCGUUAGGGCUCUCGACUCGUAAUGACUUAAGCACACCCCGACAUCGACUGCAUCGAGACGUGACAUGUUUUAUAAGAAAAAUAAUUAAAAAAAACAUUUAAAAUAAAAAAAAUAUUUUUAGAAAUUUUCAAACUGGCUUUUAAAUAA